CCCAAUAAUUUAUUUGCAGAUAUCGUGUCUUUCUUUCUUUUUCUCUAUUCAUUUUCUUUCUCUUGUUUUUAUCUUUCAUAUUUUUUCCCCCCUCGUUGGGCGGCCCAAAUUGUCUUCCGACCCGAACAUUCUCGACGACAUAUCAUCAGAUCGAGACCAGAGAUAAGCGUUUAAGCUCGCCAAGCCCAGACACCACUGUUUUGUAAGAAGGACUUGAUUAUUUCACCAUAGACUUUCACACAGAUUUCUUUCGCAGGCUGGCCAUUCGACUUUCAGACAACGAACUUGGUAGCCGGAAAGGCAGCAGCGACGAGAUUAUACGAUGUUCUCAUGUCAAUGAUGGACCUCAUUAUCCUUCUCGGUCUCGGAUACAGGCCGAUUUCUUCACGCAAUUCCCUGACGGGUCAAACUUUCCAGAUAUAGAAGCCAAGGUUUCUGAUAUAGGCUGCUCCGGUGUCCCGUCUUGUGAAACCGAACCUACUGUGUAGUUGUUGCGGUCUCGGUUCUAAGCUGAGGCUUGCCAGAUUGUACCUGCCAGUUGGUGGCCGAGCGUGGCCUAAUCUUUUCCUGGGCUGAACGGCCGCUUUAUUGGACGUAGUUUCACACCGCUUGGAGAAAAGCUUCCGGAGUCGAAAGGCACCUACACAGGAACAGGACGUUUGUCAAUGUACCAAAGACCGGAUAUAUAAGCUACCACCAUUUUGAAGCAUCUUGGCAAUUGAAAAAAGUGUUGGCAGGUGGGACACACACCCACGGAUACUCCACGAAAACUUUCAAAAGAUGCCCAAGACCGGCAGCAGCAGCAGCUUUCCAACACGAGACGACGACAGCAUCAUGGCCGUCCAAAGAACAUCAACAAGCCGCAGCGGUAGUAGCUCUGUCUCCACCAAAUCAAAAACAACAACCACCGCCAAACACUCCAAGGCUAGAGGAGGAGGCGGGAAAUCCAGCGGCAAGUUCUUGGGCGGAAUUUUCCGCAAAGUAGCCGACUGGGCCUCAACCAGCGAGCCCUCCAUGCAAGCGCUCAGCCAAUACAAGCAGGAAGCCUUCCAGCGGGCAGGUGUAUCACCCAAUGACUCCGAAGCUCACACGAAACUGCAUGCGCCCAUGGGCAAGAUCCCCGAGGAUGCGAUAAGGCCGACCACGGGGCCGACGCCGGAGGAGGUACUGAUGCGGAAGAAGACGGAAAGGAAGAAGAGGCAAAUAGAGGAGGAACUACGGAGGGGGAGUAUGGGUAGUAGUGGAAGAGGAGGGUCAUCACCUGUUAGGUUGGGCUCAGUGUCGUCGUCGACUAUGUCUGGAGGUCUGGGGUUUACAACCGGGACCGGAACUGCUUCGUCGACGGUUGGGUCGGGAUCGAGUAGGAAGGGAUCGGUUUUGGGAGGGAGUAGUGCUGUUCCGUGGGACACGAGCGGAUGGUGAAGAGAUGCUUUGGCUCGGCCAUAUUCGGGAAGACGGGUUUUGAAGAUGCAUAUAAGCGGGACAUGGUGAAGGUAUGGCUUUGGUUUCACUACCUAAUAUUAUCAGCUCACUUCGAUCAUCAACAUGUCGGGGUCCUCCAGAUGGCUUGGACAUCCAUGGAAAUUGACUUCCAUGCAGUCCAGUGAUCUCGACUGGACACGCAGCUUGAAGUUGGUGGUUUCCUCCCGUGCCCCCCGAGCUUCCAUCGCC